AUGGUAGAUAGCUUGACUAGCAACAACUGUGAAUCGUUUAAUUCAACCAUUGUGGGUCUGCGGGGGAAAAGCAUACUGACAAUGCUUGAGGAGCUCAAGUUCUAUAUCAUGAAGACGAUGACAACUCACAAGGAUGCACUGAUGGCUUACACUAGACAUAUAGCCCCUAUACAAGUGAGUAGAUUAGAGAAAGAAAAAAAACAAGCUAACUACUGGGAGGCAAAGUGGUGUGGUGAUGAUGACCACAACGAAUUUGAAGUCAGAAAGUGGCAACAUAGAGUCAGGGUGAACACAAGAGAGAGGACAUGUUCCUGCAGAAAAUGGCAGCUGACUGGACUACCAUGCUGUCAUGGUAUAGCAGCAAUCCAGAGGAAGAAUGAGAAGCCUGAAGACUAUGUCCAUCACAAGCUCACCAUCGAGGCAUACAACAGGACUUACCAGUUUCACAUUAACAGCAUACCAAGCCAAGAGUAUUGGGAGCACCAUGAAGGGUUGCUUUGUCUGCCUCCUCCAUACAAGAGGCCUAUUGGCAGACCUUCAAAGAAAAGGAAGAAGGACAGCAGCGAGCAAGACUCUGGGAGCCAAUACAAUGCCAAGAGAAGAUAUGGCCAGAUAACAUUUAUUCAUUGCCUGGCUACCAAGGUUGGACAUAAUAGUAGAACUUGCUCUGAGAGAUCAACUGGAGCAGCAUCUCAAGAGACCAUGGAGGCUGCACAUGCUGCACAUGUUGCAGAUGAGGAAAACCUCACUCAAAACCACUCAGAAAGUCAGCCUGAUGAGGUUUUUUGGGGCAAAACUUGUGUUAUUUUGGGUCUGAGGUAUGUUACUCUGGAUACUUAUGGAUUAUGA